GAGCUUUUCUACCCGUCACGUGGAGAUUACGAUUUUUUAUGAGUAGCGAGGAGCCUGGAUCGAGUUUCGAUUCUUCAGACGCCAGAAGUAACAUGGCGAAUGGUAAUAGUGAAAAUGAUGCGUGGACAAAUUUAUCACCUCGCAUUAUUUUUGUUCGUUUAGGCAAAGAUAAAUCAAAAGACGCUGUUGAAGAUGAACUAUUCAAGUGCAUUAAUCAGGUGCUGGGGGAAUCAAAUGACAAUGGAAGCGUAUUGGAGAAGGCUAAAAAUUGUAUAAGUUUGCCAGAUUUUGGCUCGAGUAGAAUAAUUCAAGUGGCAGUUGGACCGGAGUUUUUGGGAUUGCUUUUUAAUGAUGGACGUGUUUGCAGGGUUAAAUGUGUUACAAGAAACCUUGAUACUAUAAAGAAAUUGCCGAGUUCUCUGGGAAACUCUGAAGAACCACUCUUUCAAGUUCAAAGCGACGAAGCCUUUGCACGACAGCUUCAACACGAAUUUUUGAAUAAUGGAGCGACUAGCGGAACCGUACCCGGCCGAUCGCUGGUGUCUGGAACAGCGAUGUCUCCGUCAUUCCGUGCUUCUGGUAGAUCUGGUUUCGGUAAUGUUUUUGUAAGUAAUCGGACUAAGCCGCGAUUUGCGUCUUGGAUGCCUAAUACAAGUAGUGCGACUACUCAGACUCCAGUCUCUCGCGAAUUCCAGACAGGAAAAGAAGAACUAGAAAAAUCAAACAAUACUAGUUCAACACUUGCGGAAGGAAGUGGGUCAAGUAACCAAGAAACACAGGCAGAUACAGCUAUGCAAACUUCGAGCUCAAUUAAAACUGAAAAUCUCAGUAAAGAUACUUCCAAUGAAGGUGUAGAGUCGUCUUGUGCGACAAAGGCAGGUAGCGAAGCAAAAGCCGAAAAUCAGAAACCAAAAGGAUCGGAUAGAGGAAAUCAAAGGCAAGAAAAUGCUUUAGACCCUUCUUUAUCAGCUGGUUCUAACCCCCGCCGCUCAGUCUCUUCACCAACUCUCCUCCACCGGACAGUCUUUACUACAACCUUUCCCGGAAAUACGAGGCAAUGGCCCGCUUUUCUGUUACCAGUUACAGGCUCUAUGCCAAUAAUGCCCAGACGCUCAAAUCUUCAGCCCCAUGUUGUAAGGGCCCAGCUUGCUGAGGUGGGUGCAUUUCCCAGGGGACCCACGACUGCUAAUAUACAACGACCUGAUGAAAGGACUUCCAUUGAAAGUAAAACUACAAGCAGCAGCGAUGCAGAUUUUUGCUAUCCUGAAAUCGGCGACUUACAAUGGCUGGAAGCUGAAAAUGGUAAAGAAGUUGUUUUCUCACACAUCACCUCAAUGCAUUCAGAAUUUUUACUUGUUGAGAAAGGAACUGGAAUCCUUUAUCACUGGCCAUAUGAAAGUGAUGUGGCGUGCGACAUUGCCAUGGAGAUCUCAUCCUCCGAAGAACCUACGUACCUUCCAUUAGCAAAGCCCCACCCAUUAGGAGAGGCAUUAGGUCUGGACUGUGAAGAAGUUUGUCUUCUGGCAUCAUCCAAUGUUCGUUGCUCACUCAUUACAUCAAGUGGAAAGAUUUGCACAUUUUAUGACAAGCUUCUCAGAGAAUCUAACUGUGGAGAUCCUCCAGCCCUUAUCCAGGAACUCUCUCAUCCUGCAAUGGCAUUCUCUGAACUUCAGGGAGAGAAAAUCCUAUCACUCAGCUGCAGUGAAUUUUUUUCAAGCUUAAUGACACAGUCUGGUAAAAUAUUCUGGUGGGGACUGUUACCAGCGGAAGAACGCCAAAACUUCAGGCAGAAGUUGAACAAAGCAACCAAUGAAGCUAGUAACAUUGGUGUCAAUGAAAAAGUCCAGCUGCGUCAGCACUUUCCUGGAUUUCCUGGCGCAUUAGUCUACAAGUGUUGUAAGAUCAGGGGACCAGUUGUAGGACGUCUCAUUGGUCACGAGUCACCAGAAGGGCCAAGCACUACUGUGACAAAAAUCAGGGUUGAACCACUGAAUAAGAAAAUUGACAAUGGUGACAAAUCUCUUGGUGAGGCUGGAAAAUUAAAUGCAGAUUUGCCAGUAGAGAUCACUCCACGAGGAAAAACUGUUGAAGAAGAAUUAAUUUCCAGUCACAGUGAUGCUGUGAGAUCCUCCAGCCCGCACACUAGUGUAAGAAGAAAAGCCCAGAGUAUAACUGUGUCAAGUAAUGGCUGUGAAAUUUGGGAAGUCAAGGAUGUUGUUUUUCUUGAAAGUGAGAACAAACUGUUGGGAACAGUUGCCGCUAUUGAUGGUCCUCAUGUUAUUGUCAAAGUUGCCAGUUCAGUGUCACCAUCAGAGUCAUCAUUACGUGUGUUUAAAGUCUCUGAGCUGGAGUCUGUACUAAGUGACAGUCCGGGAAGUACUGUGACUCAGCAGUUACCAACCAGUUCAUUAUACAGAGGGUGCAUUCAACAUUCUCCCAAGUGUAUUGUUGGAAGUUCAACCAAAUUGGGAAAUAAAGAAGUCCAUGCUGGUCUUAAGCCUGUUGCCAUGACAACCACAUCAGCAGGAAUUUCUCUCGUUGCCCAACGCUUGUCUGACAGCAAGGCAUUUUUCUUGGGACCCGCAAUGGACCAAGUUAUCGACAGCAGUAAAGUUUACACCUGUAGUAGUGAUGUAAAUAUUUCCUCAAGCAAUGACGACGGUUCAUGCACAGUGGAUGCUGAAGCCAUCAGUAGCCGAGAAGCAGCUCUCAUACCAACAUCUUUGGUACAUUCAAUGGCACACGAGAAGCCAGUCACUGGAUCAAAGAGAAGACGAAACAGUGGUGAUGACGAUGAUGAUAGUGUUUCAAAUAAUGCACAGGCGAAUUCAGCAAAUGAAUCAUCAACCCCUGAUGGUCUUUUUCCAUGUAACUUUCAUUGUUCCAGUCACAGAUUUCCAUUACUUCACUCCACCAGUGAAUAUGACAUUGUAUUGCUGACUGAUGUUAAUGGCUGCCUGUAUCCGAGGCCUUAUGGCACAAAGUUGUCAAACCCAACUGUUGGGGAAAUUCCUCCACUGCAUAGCUUUGGUCUUGGGACAAGAUUAGGCCGAAGUUCUGAAGGGAGUUCUAUACCUGAACGAGUAUUAGUAGCAUUUAUAGCAUUUCAGGAACAGCAUCUUCUGCAAGCUGUGCAAUCUGGAAUUGUACAAAAGAUCAAGGGAGCGCUAAACUGGCUUAAACAGCUGAACAACAGUAAAGAUAUUGGGAAGGGAAGUAAAAGUGUCACAAAGGGCUCCAAAAAGAUGGGCGUCACAGACAGUCAUGGUCAGAUUUAUGAAGAACCAACAGGACAUGUGACUGUUAUCAGCAAGAGAGUUACACAGCUACUUCAUCAACAAUCCACUUCUAACCAGAAUGUGUUGCAUAUUUGCUGCGGCAAUCCAACAUUUGUUGAAAAGCCAACUGAAAUCCAGAAUGCUGUGCAGAGCCAUGCUGCAGGUCCAUCUACAGCUGCAAAUCCUGUGAAUUCAAAUGGUCUCCCAAUAGAGGUAGCUGGCUUACACAUGCUGCUUAAUGAUGAAGUGUUUGCAAAAGAGCUUGUGCCAAUGCUUAAAGAGCGCGAUGCUCGUGGAAACACUCCCUUCAUGACAGCAGUGCAGUGCCACAACUUUAAGGCUGCAAUUUAUAUUCUGGAUUUUGUGGAGAGUAAUAAAGACAACAUCACUCCAAACUUGCAGUGUUCGAUGAGGGACAUGAUCUAUCCUGAGUCGUUUAACGGCAUGACACCUCUUCAUGCUCUUGCUGUAGCUUGCACGGAGAAUCUUCCUCCUAGUGGGCUAGGAAAUAGUCUGACAGUGACCAACCUACCAUCCAGUUACACUCCAAGGAUUCUGUUGAAGCUUUUCCAAGGCAGAUAUCCAUCAGCUUACAGGGCUACAAUACCUCCUGCUUCAAUGGAGGGCAGAAAGUACUGUCGCAACAAGACACCAAAGCAAAGACUAGUAGAGAAACUUCGGAAAAGUAAGGUGAAGAAGAUCCCUAAGAAACCAGCUGAGUCCAAGAGAGGAACCCUGUUAACACCCACUACAUCAGGCGGCAAUAGCCAUCCAUGGUCAAGGCGUUAUGUUGAAGGAGGAGGGCGAAUUCCUGUAGUUGGCAGUCGACGAGAAUCACAAACAGGUAUGGUGACAUUUUCUGAUCCUAAAGAACUCCGGCAAGCCCUGAUCGAGAUGGAUCAUCACAUGGUAUCUAGUGAGAUGACAGCGCCUGAAGGAGGACUUGCCAGUCUAGUACAGCAUGUUCUGCAUGUUAAACUCACUGAGGUGGAAAAUGACGAGACAGAGAGAACAGAAAUGGAGGUGGGUGUCCGAGGAGGCGUGUAUAAUGUGUCCAAUGUUGAAGGAAUGGCCAAGAUAAUACCCAAGACACUGUGCUUUACUGAUCAUCCUACGCAAGACAAAAUAGUGGAUGCCGAAGAUAAGCUUAUCGGCCAAUUGUUUUCUCGUCUUUUGUCCUAUUCAGAGAUUGCUACCGCCAGAAACAAGGAAGGCGACACAUCUUUGGCAUUCCUGGUCAAUAAUUCUCGAUGGAUUAAACUGAACGCCAGCCAGAAGCUGCGACUCACCAAAUACGGGAACCUUUUGUUUGGACAAGACUCCACAUUUACUGUCAAACGGGAGCUUGGACUUCAGCCAGAAACCUCCAGACCUGCCGAGAACGGUGAAAUAAUGGCUGAGAUCAAUAUAACAGGUGUGACAGAUGCCUCCAUGCUGGAGAGUAAUCUUCUAGCUCAACUCGACGACAUCUCCAGCAGCUUUCGAAGCAUUGUAGAUACACUGACAGCACUGGAGAGGAGAUGUUCACCAGAAGAUGCACAGCAGCAGAGCGUGCAAGCAGAUUCUGAUGAGACAGCAAAGCCAGUAGACAAUGAAGCUUCCCCCAGUGGGAAUGACCCAACAGCUGCAGGAGCCACGGACAGUCCAGCGCCUGAUUUGAUGAGUUUCCCACCAACUGUAGCAAGUGUCCCUGAUGAUCUAUCCAGUGAGAGUUUUCCUGUUUUGAUACAACUUACACACAGCUGGCCCUCUGUCGCGUCAACUGUUCUGGGGUACUACCCUAUGGGUACUUCUGCUGGGGGCUCAGACGUGGACAUGUCCGAGGAGCAAAAGGGUUCUGGUGGUUCACUCCAGAAAGGUCCGUCACGAUCUGGUCCAAUAGAGUCUUGCUCCCUGGAUUCGUUUGUCUUUGAAUUGCUUUCUCAUGCUGACGAAGCUGUCUUGGUGAGUUUUGUGGAGACUAUUAUCACUGAAAUGAACAAGCAUCCUCAACUCCUGACACUGGACGCGGCUCAUCGGAUUAGUGAGCUACACAUCCCUCCAACCGCCAGGGAUGUUGCUAUGAUGGUUGGAAUCAAGUUUCUGAGGUCUGUCAUCCGACAGUUAGCUGUACACCUCAGCAGGUCUGGCUUAUCCUAUGUUGACCUUCGAACCCGCCUCGGGUCCAGUCCUUCAGCGUCCAAUGUCCGAAACGUUCAGAGUGACAAUGUGGAGUUCAAGAGGAAAGUCAGAAUGAUUUUGCGCUCAUUUUCAUGGCUGGCUGUGCAUGAGUUGAUCCAAGCCGCGGAGGCUUCCGUUGUUCCCGUCAGGGAAGGUGUGGCUAAGCCUCAAGCCCGCUCCACAGGCUCCUCAGUCAGUAACAGCAUACCCAACCCUAAUGGAGGAUUCCCGGGUGCUAGGUUCCGGUUUAGACCAGGAAUUCGUGUCAGUGGUCCUCAUGACCCUUCUGGCAGGACGCAGGGUCCCCCACUUAGGACAGCUCAGAGGAUUCAACAGAACAGGUCCACUGAAAAUUCUUCAUCGUGCCGUGGAAUCAGAUUAGCAAACAUUGUUGAAGGUUCUUCCGGGACCUCCAACAAGAAACCUUCUCCGAGCCCCUUUAGGGCCUCUCCGUUUGAGCUUUCAAGAGGCCUUAACAAAAAGAGCUCUCUUCUGGACAGCGACAGUGAUUCCGAUGACGACGCAGAUCAUAUUGGAGCUUUAAGCGGCGAGGGCGACAGCGAUAUGGAACUUGACGAACCAGAUCGGCGGUCCGUAUCCAUGGCGACAGGAAUUACCCAUGAUCACCCUUACGCGUGGGCUUUGGAUGGACGCGUUGCUAGUUUAAAUGAAGGAAACGGCAUGCCUGGACAUAUUCAUCUUCCACAGUUGGCGACUAGCGUGAUUUCCCCGCCCAGCGUUCACACUGGAAACUGUUACUUGACUCGCAUGUUCUCACGCCUUGUCAAGGAAACAUUGGACCUGAUGACCACACUCUCCCAGGACACUGUAGCCUCGCCACAACAGGGUGCGGUCAGUGAAGGCAUCUUACCCGCUCUGUCGAUAGCACAAGAAGAGUGCCAGUCGAUUCAGAACUCUGUCAUGUCCAACUUGGAGAAGUCAUGGGCGUGGCUGGCGGGGGUGCUGGAUGUGGUUGAAGGGCAACUUAGAAUGGGGAAAAAUUUUGAUACCAAGCGGUACCUUGCCUCACUCCAGCGCCCUGAAGACACGGAAUUAGCCAUGUUGACAAGGACUGUGUCAACUAUCCCCGGGGCCUCCCCUGAGGAGUAUCUAAUGUUUCUUUUGAGAGCUCAUAACAACGAGCAUAAGGAUUCACUUCCUGUUGUUGAUAUGCUGUGUUAUGAACAUGCUGUGUAUGUCCUGGAUGCCUUUAUUUACUCCAUGACGCACUGGCCUCGCGCUGGAGUAAGCUUCGACCGCAGUAUCUCUGUGUCGAGUCACGAUGGAGACGAUUCUGGACCCAGUUCCUCUCAGCCUUCGCAGCACGAAGAUGCCUCAGGCCUAGAAACUAGGCCUUCCCCCAACACGGAGACCAAGCGGCGACGGAGGCACAGCUACGAGCGAGAAGCCAUCUUGAAGUUCUUUGGAAUGGAUGUGAUACACGUGGACAGGGAGAAGUUUCUAAGCAGUCUGCAGGAUACACUACAGCAGAAAUUCCCCAAGGUCCCUAAAGCAUCGUGGGAAGUGUUUACACAUAACGUGACAAUGGCUCGUCAGAAAUCAAGUGACGACACAAAGAUGGCGUCACAGAGGGAGACUGAUGAGGAGUCUGGGCUGCCGACCACGUUUAGUGCGAUGGGCAUACAUACCUACACCACUCCCCUAGUACUGAAUUGGUCACCUGAUCAAGUGAUAGGCAGAUGGAAAAUUUCUGUGGAUCUGUUUUCCCGCCUUUUUCUGGCGGAUGGCCCUGGGGCCGAGAGAGACAGUUUCCUAGCAGCACGUGCUGGUGUGGCGGGAAGGUUGGCCAGGUUCCGUCGCGCUGCUUCUUAUCUUCGUGAAUCCAUCACAAGCGAAUCUCAGCAGCUUGGUGUUUAUGGAGGACUGGGCGGGAGAGUCGGUACCACUCUCUCACUGUCAAUCAAGAGGCAGAAGAUCCAGGAAAAUACUCUGAGAAUACUUGGAGAGAUGUCCACAUUUCACUAUAGCAACCUACGAGUCAAAUUCGAGGGAGAGGAGGGGUCUGGGCCUGGAGUUAACCGAGGAUUUUUCGCUGCAGUGGCGAAUGCAUUGAAAACGGAUGAAAAGUUGCCAAUGGAAACCACAACUCUACUCCACGAACCAGGCAAGUUACCAGAGCAGAGUGGCUUCUAUGCACCUAAACCAUUUGCCUAUUCAGAGAAAUCCCCGGAGGAAAAUCACACUAAGACUAAUCGCCUGAAGAUGUUCACAGCCAUUGGACGAUUCAUUGGUUUGAGUCUUUGGUUCAGCAACACUGUUCCACUAAACUUCAGUCGCCACGUGGUCAAAUUCCUAUUGGAGAGGGAUGUCACGUGGGAAGACCUUGCGUUUUUCAAUGCUGACUUGUUUGAGGGUCUCAGUCGUAUGGUUCUUGACAGUCAUCACCCAAUGAUGACGUCAGAGCGCUUUCAGGCCACCUACUGCUGUCAUUUUGAGACCUCGGUCGGCGGUACUACAGAAGAACUGGUUCCAGGAGGCUCGCAUAUUCCUGUGACGCCUGAAAACAUCUACAAAUACGUCAGGUUAUAUGCCACUAAAGUAAUGAUCGGCUGUGUUGAGAGUGAGCUGCGAGCAAUGAGAAACGGACUGCAUGACGUCAUCCCAUCAGAACUCUUGUCGUCUCUAACACCAGAGGAUUUUCAGUUGUUGCUGUCAGGUGGUACAACAGAUGUGGACAUAAACCGUCUUCGUUCCGUCAUCACAUUCAGCAACAGUAAUGGCUGUUCAACUGAUAUACUCGACAGAUUCAAACGGUGGUUCUGGUCCAUUGUACAGAAGAUGACUCCUCUUCAAAGACAGCAGUUGUUGUACUUCUGUACAGGAAGUGCAGUGCUUCCAGCAUUGUCCGACAGAAGGGAUCCUGACCAAGACCUCAAUAUCACUGUGGACGUUAUCAGUGGAAAUACCAAAGCGUUACCCAUGGCAACCACGUGCGGUCAGCGGAUGAGCAUUCCGUUGUACCCAUCAAAGAAAAUCCUGAAGAGAAAGCUCCUCCAAGCCAUUCAGUGCCAGGGAUACGGCUUAGGCUGAAAGAUAAACACACUAACCCCACGUUACGGGAUCACAAGCGAUAUUUUCACUUGAGUAACGAGAUGGUUAUAAUUUAGUAGUAAUUUGUAGAGACAUUGUCUUGAGAACUUGUCACGAGAUUCACACGCGUUCAUCACGUGCACAGGAGAUGCUGACCUUUAUGAAAGCCAAUGAAAAGCCCCCAGAAUAGCCUGCUCAUUGAACGAAAUCAGUUUGACGCGUGCCCACUUGGCAAGCACGUAUUUUAUUUACGAAGAAGACGAGGAUGUUUGGCGAAUGUGUUAAGUCGUUUUCUGUGUUGAACACCUUUAACUGAUCCGUCGAGGUUAAUUGGUGGAGUUUGCACUGAACUAUUCCAGUAAACCGUUCAGUGUUACUUUAGAGAUGAAAAUUCGCAAGUAGCCUUGAAGUCAGCGACUGAAAGAAAUGGUCAAACAACUACCUGUUUUGAAAUCAAGAAAUCCGACGUAUUUAAUUUCAGUUAUUGACAACGUAGAAAGAAUACGCAAACCUCGCUUUUAGAAGCUAAUAGCUUGUUUUAAUGUCUUGGUCGUACAGAGGCCAUCCAGAAAUGUUCUUCAGGACCAAGUUAGUGAAGCGGUCUUGCUAUUUUCUGGUAAAUCAGAAGUUUUGAUGUUUAAAAUAAGUAGUUUAGUAAUAAACAAGAUUGAAAAGAAA